ACCAUCCGUGCGCUUUCCAAUUUUCUACGUCUCUAUCUAAGCACCAAGUGUUGUUGAAUCCAAACUACCACAGCCCACUCCAUCGGUCUACGACUAGACGCCAUCACCCUCAUCCAUGUGCUUCCGCUUAAUUUCAUUGAAGCUUCAGCGUCCCUCAUUGACCUUUGUACCCCACUCAGACCAGCGACGACUUCACACAUUCUAAUUCCUUCUUGUACCUUUUCUCACGCAUACCUACCGCUACCAUCAACCAUUUUCUAUCCCUCUCUCUCUCUCUCUUCCUAACAAACCUUCUCAGCCGGAGCUUCUAUUACCACGCAGAGUGAUGGACAAUCUAGCAGGCGCAUAUGAGGAGCGCCUGCCGGCAGUCCCGGCGUGGCUGAAUAAAGGCGACAACGCGUGGCAGAUGACGGCGGCUACCCUCGUCGGCCUCCAGUCCAUGCCGGGCCUCGUCAUCCUCUAUGCCAGCAUCGUCAAGAAAAAGUGGGCAGUUAACUCCGCCUUCAUGGCCCUUUACGCCUUCGCCGCCGUCCUAAUCUGCUGGGUUCUCCUCUGCUACCGUCUGGCCUUCGGCGACGAGCUUUUACCCUUCUGGGGGAGAGGCGCCGUGUCCCUCGCCCAAAAGUACCUAACUCGACGCGCCGCCGUGCCGGAAAGCACGCACCACUACUCAGACGGCACAGUUGAGACAAAAAUGAACCAGCCGUUCUAUCCGAUGGCGACGCUUGUUUACUUUCAGUUCACUUUUGCAGCGAUCACAACGAUAUUGCUGGCAGGCUCUGUCUUGGGGAGGAUGAACAUCAAGGCGUGGAUGGCGUUUGUGCCUCUUUGGCUGACUUUUUGUUAUACUGUGGGCGCAUACAGCCUAUGGGGUGGUGGGUUUUUGUACCACUGGGGGGUGAUUGAUUAUUCCGGUGGCUAUGUCAUCCAUCUUGCAUCGGGGAUCUCCGGUUUCACAGCUGCUUAUUGGGUUGGGCCAAGGUUGAAAACGGAUCGAGAAAGAUAUGUGCCCAACAAUAUACUGUUGAUGCUCGCGGGAGCAGGGCUACUGUGGAUGGGAUGGUCAGGGUUUAAUGGUGGGGCACCGUAUGCUGCAAAUAUAGUUUCAUCGAUAGCAGUUCUCAACACCAACAUAUCUGCCGCUACAAGUCUUCUUGUAUGGACGUCGCUUGAUGUUUUCUACUUCGGAAAGCCUUCGGUGAUAGGGGCGGUUCAGGGGAUGAUCACGGGCCUCGCUUGCAUUACUCCUGGAGCAGGUGUGGUGCAGUCGUGGGCGGCUAUAGUAUAUGGGCUACUGUCUGGUAGCAUUCCGUGGUACGCCAUGAUGAUUCUUCACAAAAAGUCCACUUUGCUACAAAAGGUGGAUGAUACAUUGGCAGUAUUCUAUACACACGCGGUGGCUGGAAUUCUUGGCGGUCUUUUGACUGGGCUGCUGGCGGAACCCACCCUCUGCCGCAUGAUACUGCCGGUCACAAACACAAAGGGUGCAUUUUACGGCGGAGGAAUUCUAUUCGUGAAGCAAUUAGUUGCAGCACUGUUUAUUAUCGGGUGGAACUUCACUUCCACAACGCUGAUUCUUCUGAUCAUUAGACUAUUGAUACCUUUGCGUAUGCCCGAGGAGCAGCUUAUGAUUGGAGAUGAUGCCGUCCAUGGAGAGGAAGCCUACGCCCUUUGGGGUGAUGGGGAGAAAUACGACUCUGCAAAACACGGCUGGCAUAACCCGACUCAUGCUGAAGAAUUGGCAACAACUGGUCUUUUCAAUGGUGCUAGGGGAGUGACCAUAGAUUUAUAACUUCGUUUUAUUUAUCUGAGCAUUUAUUCCUAUCAACUUUUUUUCACUGGUUUGUAGAUAUGAUUUGUGGUGCGCAAUGGAAUUGGGUUACUACUCUA